AACCAAUAUCAAAAGGUGAUUUUUUCUUCCAUAUUUUCCUUCUCCUUUUUAUAUUUUCUCGAAUCCGAAGUACACACACUCAUGGCAUGGCCGUCGUCGACUCACUGUUGCAGAAAUGCACAUCUCUCUCUCACAUCAAACAACUUCAAGCCCAUCUCAUUAUCACCGGACUCUUCACCCCUCGCUCCAAGCUCCUCGACUUCUGCGCCACCUCCUCCGCCGCCGGAAGCCUCUCCUACGCCGCCGCUGUCUUCCGCCGCAUCCCCUCCCCCUCCACCAACGACUGGAACGCCAUCAUCCGAGGCCUCGCCCAAAACGACCACCCCAACGGCGCCGUCACGUUAUACCGCAACAUGUCACGCGCCUCCCACAAACCCGACGCUCUGACUUGCUCGUUCGCUCUCAAGGCUUGCGCUCGAGCUUUGGCUCGUUCCGAAGCGACCCAGAUUCACUCUCAGCUCAUACGAUUUGGGUUCGAUGCUGAUGUGUUGUUACAGACGACUCUGUUGGAUGUGUAUGCGAAGACAGGUGAUUUAGACAAUGCUCACAAAGUGUUCGAUGAAAUGGGCGUGAGAGAUAUUGCGAGUUGGAACGCUUUGAUUGCUGGGUUGGCUCAGGGUAGUCGACCCAAUGAAGCUUUAGAACUGUUUAAGAGAUCGGGAUUAGAGGGGUUGAAGCCUAAUGAAGUUACAGUGCUCGGUGCUCUCUCGGCUUGUUCGCAAUUGGGUGCCAUAAGAGAAGGCGAAAAGAUUUGGAAUUACAUUAAAGAUGACAAGUUGGAUGCUUGUGUGCAGGUUUGCAAUGCUGUUAUUGAUAUGUAUGCAAAAUGCGGUUUUGUAGAUAAAGCAUUUCGGGUUUUCAAUCAUAUGAAUCGUAGGAAGAGUCUUGUUACAUGGAAUACAAUGAUCAUGGCAUUGGCGAUGCACGGUGAUGGAAAUAGAGCGCUUGAGCUUUUUGAGCAAAUGGGUGAAGCUGGGAUUUGCCCUGAUAGUGUGAGCUACCUUGCAGCACUAUGUGCAUGUAAUCAUUCAGGGCUAGUUGACCAUGGUUUGAGGUUGUUCACUUCAAUGGCACGGUGUGGAGUGAGUCCUAAUGUUAAGCAUUAUGGUAGUGUAGUUGAUUUAUUGGGUAGAGCGGGGCGCCUUGAAGAGGCUUUUGAGAUUGUAAAUUCAAUGCCUAUGAUCCCUGAUGUUGUACUUUGGCAAACCUUGCUCGGGGCUUGCAAGACUUAUGGGAAUGUCGAUAUGGCAGAGCAAGUGUCGAGGAAGCUUGUGGAGAUGGGUUCUAACAGUUGUGGAGAUUUUGUGCUGUUGUCGAAUGUGUAUGCAGCGCACGAGAGGUGGGAUGAUGUGGGGAGGGUGAGAGAGGCCAUGAAGAAUAGAUAUGUAAAGAAGGUUCCGGGGUUUAGCUACACUGAAGUGGAUGGUGUCAUACACAAGUUUGUCAAUGGAGAUCAGAGCCAUUUGAGUUGGCGGGAGAUUUAUAGGAAGCUUGAGGAGGUUAGGUUUAGGAUCGAGUCGUAUGGUUAUGUACCAGAGACUAAUUAUGUGUUGCAUGAUAUAGGGCAGGAGGAGAAAGAGAAUGCAUUGUGUUAUCAUAGUGAAAAGUUAGCUGUAGCUUUUGGUUUGGUUAGUGCAAGUGAAGGUACUCCAAUUCGAGUGAUCAAGAAUCUUAGGAUAUGUGGUGAUUGUCAUGUUGUGAUUAAACUUAUUUCGAAGAUUUAUGAUCGCGAAAUUAUUGUAAGGGAUCGAGCUCGGUUUCACAGAUUCGAGGAGGGAUCAUGUUCAUGCAGAGAUUAUUGGUAACAUUUGAUUUUUUUUCUCCUUUGCUGUAUCAUUCUUAAGUUGUAAAGAGAAACUUAACAGAAAUUAAUAAUACAUGAAUAUGCUGCUUUGGCCCUUAGGUA